UAGGAAGACACGUCAGAUCACACACAGACUGAGAGUCUGAGUCUGAGCAGCAGGUGAAAGAAAACACAAACCCACUGAGAUGAAAAGCAGGACGUGAAUUUAUGUCGGACACAUUUCUGAGCGAAGAUCAGCGACACUCCACUGGAUCACAGCUGCAACAUGACAGGUGCCACAAAGCUUCUGGACGAGAUGUGCCACCUGACGGCUCAGACUCUGACAGCAAUGGACACAUCUGAGCACUUCAAGGUCCUGAAGCUCCUGGGUGAAGGCUCGUAUGGGAAAGUCAUGCUGGCCGUACACAGGACGAGAGGUACUCCGAUGGCUCUGAAGUUCUUCCCUCGGGUGUCCACCUCUCUCUUCUCUUUCCUGAGGGAGUAUAACUUCUCUCUGUCGUUCUGUACACACCCAUCCCUCACCAGAGCUUUGGGAAUCGCCUACUCCACACCUUCACACUUCGUCUUUGCUCAGCAAGCAAGCCUCUUUGGCGACCUCUACGACAUCAUCCUGCCUGAGGUCGGUAUGGAGGAGGACUGUUGCCAGCGUGUGGUGUCCCAGCUAUGUGGCGCAUUGUCCCAUCUGCACUCGCUUGGCUUUGUCCACAGAGACCUCAAACCAGAGAACGUCUUCCUGUGCGACUCCACCUGCCGCUGGGUGAAACUGGGAGAUUUCGGCAUGGUCAGUAUGAGAACGUAGUUAUUCAACUAUCACUGUUAAUGUUACCUGCAUUACGCAGUACACUCCACAAUACUUGCCUGUGGCUAAUGCUAGAGCUAACUCCAUUUCUGGUA